UCCCUCUUUCUUUGCAUGGACCACCCUCCACUGUUCUCUCCUAGUGGACAGUGUUCGCCUGUGCCAUAGCUACGCUCAGGCCUUCAUACUCAAUGAGAGCAAAGACAGAGGGAGACUGAGAGUGAGAGGAGGAGAAUGGAGAGCAUGAACCUGCAUAGGGACCACAACUGAGAAGCCUAGGUGGGUCUUACCUGCACAUCCCGGACCACUGACUAAACUCACAUACAGAUCUGUUGCUUGUUGGGUGACAAAGAGAGGAAGAACCAUGGGAUCUGGAACAUGGAGCCUUUUUAUUCUGUUUGGUCUGGCCCUCUGGAGCAACAGCCAAGCCCUCACCAUGAACCCCAUUCUCUCCCGGAUACGAAGGGCUCCAGAGGCCAAUGGAGAAAACAAAAAGUGCUCUUAUACCUUCUUGGUCCCUGAACAGAAGAUCACAGGACCCAUCUGUGCUGCCCGGGGUUAUUCAACUGACAAGGACAGAGUGACGCGCCUGGAUGUAGCUGCAGUGCGCGACCUCCUGUCUAAGCAGCGUCGGGAGAUGGAGACUUUGAAGUUGGUGGUGGAUGUGGACGGCAAUUUGGUGAAUGAGAUGAAGCUAUUGAGGAAAGAGAGCAGGAACAUGAACUCAAGGGUGACUCAACUCUACAUGCAGCUGCUACAUGAGAUCAUCAGGAAGAGGGACAACUCUCUGGAGCUUGCGCAGCUGGAGACACGCAUCCUUAACGCCACCACUGAGUCACUACGUCUGGCCUCCAGGUACAGGGAAUUGGAGGCCAAAUACGCAGCCCUGUCUGCAGUGGUGAACAACCAGUCAGUGCUUAUUGGAGCACUGGAAGAACGUUGUAUGCAGGUGUACAGCCGCAGGCAUGAGCACCCACCCAUGGGACCUCCACUGGUGCAGGUGGUGCCUGAGAACAUUCCUGUCAAUGUGCCUCGUUUCACCAAUGAGAUCCAGAGGGACAACACCCGAGGGUUUGCCCGGGAAAGGGGCUCUCGCUCUGGGCCAUCACCCACAAGUGGUACCCUGGAAGUCCAAAAACCUCCUCAGAGAAACUUCAGUGCUGAAGGCCCAUUCAGAGACUGUCUUGAGGCGCAGGAAGCCAGCCACAGCACCAGCGGCAUGUACCUGAUCAAACCCGAUGAAGCAGAGAGGCCAGUGCAGGUCUGGUGUGAACAGGAUAUAGACAAUGGGGGCUGGACUGUUAUCCAGAGCAGGAGGGAUGGAUCUGUUAACUUCUUCAGGAACUGGGAUAACUACAAGAGCGGCUUUGGAAACAUAGACGGGGAAUACUGGCUCGGUCUGGAAGGCAUCUACAAUUUAGGAAGGCAGGGGGACUACAAGCUGCUGGUGGAGCUGGAGGACUGGAUGGGCAAAAAGGUCUACGCUCAGUACAGCAGCUUCCACCUGGAGCCAGAGAGUGAGAGCUAUCGGCUGCGGCUGGGAACCUACCAGGGCAACGCCGGGGACUCCCUCAGCAGCCACAAUGGCAAACAGUUCACGACUCUGGAUCGAGACAAGGAUGCCUUUUCAGGCAACUGCGCCCAUUUCCAUAAAGGAGGCUGGUGGUACAAUGCUUGCGGCCAAGCCAAUCUUAACGGUGUCUGGUACACCGGAGGCGUCUACCGCAGCAAGUUCCAAGAUGGGAUCUUCUGGGCUGACUAUGGUGGAGGCUUCUACUCCAUGAAAACCGUCCGCAUGAUGAUCAGGCCCAUAGACUGAGGAGAUACUGUAAGCCAGGCUGGUCCACGGGCAGCUAUGGAGGCCAAGGCACACUUGAACCUCAUUCUAAAUCUUGACUAUAUAUGUCAUCAACAACUGGUUGAUCCUAGAUAAAAGAACUGCACCAAUGGAGAUUACCAACUGUCAGUAGUGACUUGAAAUGCCUCCUGUAACAGAAAUAGACUCUGAACAUUGUUCUCCUUAUAUAAUAUAGAUGCACACAUAGAGGGGUUUAGGGGACAUGACUAUUUAUAGUAAGCCAUACAGCUCCUUUAACCACCAAAUACAUAUGAUGGUGAAGGGAAAUUAAAAAUAACUGCCAACAUUUUGCAGUUGAAUAAUGCAAGCUGUCUAUCUGAUUAAGAAACCGCAGUGUUUUCCUCAUUACUAGGUCACCCCGUGGAGAGGAGGCGCCACUUCAUUGGUAUGAAGCUUUAGUGUCACAGGAUCUUAAUGCAUCUCUUCCUACCUCGCCAAAAUGAACGUCAAGGGGAAACACUCAUACAUGGUAUUUAACUUGUCCUAUACUUGCUGGGAGCUGGAAAAUACAUUUUGUUAAUGCCCUAUAUAGAUUUAUUUAGUCUCUGUAUCCACUUCCAGAUCUAAAAAGACCAACACAUUAAGAAGUUGGAGAAAGGAAAGUGGUUUAAAUACAUGUUUUAUGAACGUUUGAUUACACAGACAUGGUGCUGAUUUUAUUUUUUCUCCCUACACUUAAAAUGACCUUCAUGCUGUAUGUUUAACUACUUUGUUCAAGCGCAGAUGACCAGAAACUAUAAUUUAUAUGUACAAUUAACUUAUCAUAACAGUGAAAAGGACCAGGCAUCCCGAGGGAAUAGUGAAUGAUCCCACAGAAAAUAGAACUAAUUUCCUCCACUGUAUAUAUGACAAUCAUUCUCAAAAUGUGCUUGCACGUAUGGAAAUUGCUGUUAUAUGUUUUUCUCAUUUGGCUGUUGAUUAAAUUUCAGUGUGACGCCGAGAAAAACAAGCAUUGUUGAGAGAAAAAAAAGAGGGAAUUACAUUUUGUUUUGAGUGGUUUUCGAGCAUGAAAAAUGUGCCGACCAAGCGUGUUGAGAGUUAUAGGCAUUGGGACAGACAACGAGAAACACAUUGCUGAAAGCCAGACAGGAUGGAGAAAGAAAAAGAAGGGAGGGAGGAGAGAAGGGGAGGGAGGGGAUGAAUUGGGAUGGAAUCGCUCCAAAUUUCCGAUUCACCCCCCCCUUCCUUUUAAAUACAGAGAAAUUUACAUUCUUUCCGCACAAAAGUGCUUGAACUGUAUGUUUUCGUAAAAAUACCUUUCAUUGACAAAGUCACGGGUCCCUGCACUCUGUAAUCAUCAGUAUGGAAGGAAAGUGGUAUCCCUGGGGUAAACCAUCCCAGAGGAGAGGGGAACUGGGGGUUUGAACUGGUGGGUCUGCUUUGAACAACAGUGCUGCAUCCACAACACACAUGAAAGACAAACGGCCUUUGGUCUCUGGGCUGAAAAUAGACUCUCAUAUUGCGCUGUUUUUCUUAUUGACCGCAAUGGCCCUCACACCCAUCUCUUUAACAAACUUUUAGAAAAACAACAAAACGCAGCGAGACCAGUCAAAUCCAGCUGGACAUGGAAACAUGUAAAAAACAUGAACAUGUAAAAAAGGAGCAUCUAAUAAAAAUGGCAUCAUAAUGUUAAAGUUAAACAGCAAUAAAAGCUGAAACCUAUGAGUCACAAUACUUGGCAGAACAAUGUUACACAACUAACAGUCAUUAAAUGGAGAACACUGAGGGUUACUUCAGGGGACACUCUUGUUCACUAGAAUUCCAGAGUGCUCAUUUCAUGUACUGGUUCAUACUGUUAACCAAGUCAUAAUAAGUACAUGACUUGUUGUUUUUGGUCUUUGUUAAGGUUACAUGCACAUUCCAAUCUUAUCUUGUGGGUGUGAGUCAUGUCAAUAAAAUGUUAUCGCUUCCCACAGUUGUUUGGAACAGACACUGUUAAGUCUUCAUGGAAGGAAGUGCAAAAAAAGUUGCCCCACUGAAAUUCUGACGCUUAUUUGCAUUCAAUGGUAAUAAGAGUUCUUUUAAAUGUGCAUGGCUGCGAGUAUUAUAUGUUGGCAUGAAAAAGUUGUGAGGAGACAGAUGAAUAUGACGCAAAGACACAGCUUUUCAAGUGGUAACACAUUUCUGUGGUUGACUGGGGUGAGGGCAAGUAAUCAGUCCGAAUCUGGCUCACAACCUUAACUACUUGACUCUUUUUCACUGUUUUCUUUUUGUUCCACUGUCCAAACAAAGCACAAUGCAUACUUUUAUACCCUA